UGACCGCGCGCGCUCUCAGGUUUCUCUCUGUCACUAGAUCCAAGAAAGAAGAAGAGGAAAAAUUUCGUCGCGUUCGAAAUGCACAGUUGAUCGGGCGUGAGAGAGAUAAUUUGGAGUUUAUCGAGACGAUACGAUAAUGCGAUAGUUUUAGAUUUUAGAGUAUUUUGUUUGGGCCAAGCAUCGUUGACCGUUGCUCGUUGCUCGUUGUCAGACCCGGCCGUCAGGUCAGUGGUGUCAGAGGACUGGAGGACAGUGGAGGAGGCUGCAGCGCGGAGGGAGCCCUGCGAGGAGCUGUCAGAACUUGUCAAAUGUUAUCACGCCCGUUCUGUGGGAUGCGGAUUGAUGCUGAUUGCACGUACGCGCGAUCGAGUGACUGGAAUCGUGACAUUUGUGACAUGAAUGCGACGAGAAGUCUGUCUUCGAUGCGUUUAUCAAUUGUUAAAUGCAAAUUCACUCGGUCGUGCGAUACUCGCGAGAGAUCGGCAUAACCUGCGUGUCUCUGUUCGCGUAUACGCGGUUAUAAUUAUUGUUACCUGUUGUCUCGUACGUCGACGUAGCUCCGUCUUUUUUGACCGAAUGAUACUAUCGUGGUACUAUGAAUUUGCACGAUGGAGCUCUCCGAGUCGCGAGGUCUCGUUAAGGAUUUAGAUUUAACCCUUCAGCCGCGGAUCGCUCCGCGAUACAAAACUUGGCUGCCUCUUGCAACCCAACAGUUACGGCUCAGAGGCUUGGUACAGAUAAUAGGCCAUAAUCUGCAAGCCAGUGUAAAUGGAGAGAUAUGCUGGUUCUACUACACAUUGCAUAGAUCGAGUAUGUCGUCCCCGUUGUACACGAGCGAGGCGAUCGACAAUGCCAGUCCGAAGUGGUCGAGUCUCGAGGUGCCGACUCUGCACGCCACAGGUUACUCAACAGCCAGUGAAAUUAUCCUGAGGGUUUGGAAGCGCUCGAUGCCAUGUGACAAGACGGCUGACGUGACCCUCUUCACAUGGGGAAUCUCAUUUACGGGAUUGGCGUACAUCGGUCCUAAGCUGCCAUCUAAUCUAGAAGGAAUUCUGAAGGAAAAUUCCUUGAUAUUCCACUUUCACGGUGGAUACUUUACUCCUUCAUACUGCUUCACAACAGCUCCUGACUCGAAGCGCUACAUUUACAUGAGUAUAAAUAUGUCCGAGGUAAAGAACAGCUAUACCGUGAAUAAGCUCAGCAGUUUAAGGAGCAAAAUGCAGGCACUAAAGCAACAAAUGGAAUCGGUGCAAGCGCUCAGGGUGCGCAUUGCCUCGGGCGAUGACUUUCACACUCCUAAGUAUCCGCAAACAACUUUAAGCAGACUAUUGCAACCACGGAGGGUCAACAGGGAAAAGAAGUUGGAAAUCAUGAAAAUACGUAAGGAGCUAGAGAUGGCCAAAUUUAGGACAAAAUUGUUGGAACAGGAAAGAGCGCGAAAAAUGGGAGAGAUUCGUGUGCUGAAUCAAUCGCGCAUUAAUAUUGUAAAAGAAAAUCAGGAUCAUGAUUCUGAUUUAAUGGAAAGAUAUGAGGAGCUAAAUAAGGACAUAGAGAGAUUAAAUGAGUGGCGGCAAAAUUACAUAGAUACGAGGGAAACAUAUUUGCAAUUGAGCAGUCAACUUGCGCAGAGGCGCCGACAGCUAAUCUCAGAACUGUGUUUAAUAUAUCCUAUUAGACAGGACAUUAAUGGAAAGUUUAGAAUAAAUGAUGUUUAUUUGCCGGACAGCGAGGAAUUGGAACUGUCGAAUGACACGCAAGUGGCUGUGGCAUUAGGUUUCGUUGCACACACGACGCAGAUGAUUGCAAACUUUUUGAACAUACCGACUAGAUAUCCUAUCAUACAUUACGGCUCGCGCAGUAAAGUUAUAGAUCAUAUCACGGAAAGUUUACCUGACAAUGACAGACAAUUUCCAUUAUUUGCUCGAAGCAAGGAUAAAUUACAAUUCCACUAUGCUGUAUAUCUAUUAAAUAAAAAUAUAGCACAACUUCGAUGGUACUGCGGCCUUCCGACCACCGAUUUAAGAGCGACAUUGCCGAACCUCGCCACGCUAGUCAAUAUUAAGCCAAAUCAGAUACAUUUGGACGACUCGAAACGCACAUUUUCCACCUCGUCUUUGGACACUGAAAGUGGUAAUGGUAAACAGAAUCCACCACUGACGCCGCCAUUGCAAAAAAUAAUUUUUGAGAAAUGCCAUCGUUCCUCUCGAUCAAUGAGUCAAUUAAAGAAUAUAAAGUCGUCUCUUGGAUCGUCUCUGGACCAGGGUUUGGACAAGCCUGUACAGUUGCCUAUGUUGAGUAGUCAAUCAAAGCGAAUUUGUAAAUCGGAAGAGAGUGCUAUUGACAAUAAAACCUUGGUAUUGGCUAAGGAUAGGUCGAGUAUAAAUAGUAGUAAUGAGACAUUAAAUAGUGCCAUUAUGAACAAUAUUGAUAAUAUAACUCUUAAGAAUGAAGAUGAUUUUGUCGAGGUUAACGACAAGAUCAUUAUUGAAAGUAACAUCGAAAUUAUGAUACCUACAUCAGUUUCUAAAGCAAGAAAUGUCGCGGACAGCCUAGAAAGUUCUGUGAAUGCCCGAGAUAGAAGUUCCAAUUCUAUAAGCAGCUGCGAAAUGGCUCUCAGUAGUAGUCAAAAUGAUGUAGAUGAAAGUUCGAAUGGUAAUCAUGUUAUCAAGAGAGAAAGAGUCGACGAUAGUGUGUUUUUGGUUGAUGAUAAUUUAAAAAAUAUUAAGGUUGCGGUAGACAGUGCGUUGAAAAAUGGCGAAUGCAGUAAAAUACAUAAUUCCAAAAACAACGUUUCACAAAGUUAUGACAUGAAUAAUACGAUCGUUAGCGAACAAAAUAGUAGUGUUCUCGAACAAGACUUGCUUACGGAAACUGUUGCCUACAACAAAGAACGUUUUGUUAAAUCAUGUUCGUCCUUGGACGAUGUGUGUACUUACGAAGAACCAGAACAGAAACAAAGAACAAAUUCCAUUUGUAGCUAUUCGGAAGAAUAUACGAAAAAUGCUACAACACGACAAAGAGAGAAAUAUAGCCCUGAAUCCAGAGAGAAUAAAUCAGAUUACCUUCAACAUACUGAGAAAUGGCCUCAAGAUAUUGUAAGAAAUAAACCAUUGGUGGAUACAAGAUCAACUUUAAGUGCGUCAAAGCCAGAGUGUUGUUCGUAUGACGAGGCAAAAGUGCAGUGUGACAUUCAAACGUCAAGCGAGUACAUAGAUGUCAUUAGGCGCAGCUCAGAGAAUGUGUGUGCACGCACCGAAGCUUUAGCUAAUAAGAAAACUAGUUUUAAAGUUAUGAAACCGCGUCUUUAAUAUCUGCCUACAUUGUGCCCUGAUAGUACGUGUAAGUACCAAAGGAAAUCAAGAAAUAUGUUCCGUUUCUAUUUUAUAAUUAUAUAUAUGUUGUUGAUACGAUGAAAAUUAUGUAAAUCUGAUUUAAAGUUGAUUUUUAUCGUAAAAUGUUACAAAAAUAUUUAUUGCCUUCUAUUUAUUCGAAAUAAUAUAAAAUGUUUAUAAUAAAUUACUGUAUAUCUUACAGUGCUCAUACGAAAAUAAUUAUGUAUUUCAUAACAAGUUUAAGCUAAAUUAUUCAAAGGCAAAGUUUUUAAAAGUCAGUUAUACUAUUACAAUUACCUCAUAUUAUUUUAUGCAUUCAUUGGAUAGCUUUUUUGGCUUUUAUGCAAACAAUUAUCAAGAAUUGUUAUUAAUGACACAUUUUUUGGAUAUGCUACUAUAAUAAUAUAUGUAAAAGUCAGCAAAACUUUAUUUUAGAAAAGUACGUAUUUUUGUGAUAGAGAGAUGUGAAGGUGUUAUUAGUUAUAUUAUUUUAUGUAUUCGUACACAUUUAUGGUGAAAGCUUUUGGCAGUUGGACAGUUAAUCGUCAGUUGAGAUUUUCUUGGUUGAGUAGUGAGAUGUACAUAUGUAUUGGUAUACAGUUAUUAAGUUACAAUCCUAUUUUUGUAAUAUACUCUACAAAAUUUAUAUUGUUAUUAUUUCUAUACGAAAUUUUCAUUAAACUGAGAUAAUGUAAUAUGCAGUUUGUAUAUACGUACGUACUACGUAGAUAUACAUUUUUUCACUGUACUUAAAAUUCACAUAAUUGACCAAUGUUGAGUUCAUGCUUAUAAUACAAGCAGUCGAAUGCAUUGAUAUAUAGUUGAUUCUAUUUUUAUUAUUGGAAAUGUAUUACACCAUACUCUCUGUAAAUUUGUAUACGAGGACCAAAUCACAUCAUUGCUUAACAAUCAUGUAAUUUUUCAUUAGAUAAAAGGAAAGAAUUGUUCGCAAAGCAAUUUCCUUGUGGAACUCGAGCGGACUAUGGCAAUGUGAUACAAUAUGAAAUAAAAAAAAAAAAAUUAUUUAGAGAAAAGCAAAAAA